GGAAUGGAUUCAUCACAUGGUUCACAGGACCAAGAUCAACACGCCAGCAGUAGCAGUGGCAGUCAUGAAAAGGUGAUCUAUGUCUAUAUUCCAUUCUUUGCCGAGUCGGUGCCCGCCAUCUGGGCCCUGUUCGCAAUAGCAGGAGUCUUUGUACUGCUGGCCACAAUACUAUCAAUUCAUCUCAUCUACAAACAUCUCAAGUACUAUACUCAACCCGAUCACCAACGAUACAUUGUUCGUAUCGUAUUCAUGAUACCUAUAUACGCCAUCUACUCCCUACUUUCACUCGUCUUCCACAGCUACGAGGUCUACUUCUCAUUGUUUAGAGAUUGCUACGAAGCAUAUGUACUAUAUAUGUUCUUCUGUCUCUGUGUCAGCUAUGGUGGCGGCGACAGGAACUUGGUAACUCACUUUAUAUCACAUCCACCUCUAAAGCUACCAAUGCCACUCUUUUGUAAAGUUAAACCCAACGAACGAUUCCUUCAAAUAUGUAGAAUGGGCAUGUUACAAUAUGUCCUGAUUAGACCAACGAUCACAUUGGUAUCGGCUAUAUUGGCGCGCUUCCAUCUGUACUCUGAGGGAGAGUUCAAGGUGACAGACUUCUAUCCCUACGCAUCACUGAUAAUCAACUUGUCAGUUACAGUGGCGCUGUACAUCAUCGUCCUAUUCUAUCAAGCUACGAUCGAGGAGCUGGCGCCCUACAAGCCCCUCCUCAAAUUCACCUCAAUCAAGAUCGUCGUCUUCUUUUGUUUCUGGCAAUCAGUGGUCAUCUCUGGCAUGGUCACGCUCGGUGUGAUCAAAGGUAUCGAUGGCUGGGAGACUGGUGAGGUGUCUGCAGGUCUAAAUAACUUCCUCAUCUGCUUUGAGAUGUUUGGUGUAUCAAUCUUACAUAUAUACGCAUUCCCUUACGAGCUGUAUAGAGUGCGAGCAUUCAGUUCGGCACCAUUGAUACAUCGCGUGGAGAUGGGCUCAGUGUUCAAGUCUGUGAUCAAUAGUGUCAGCCAGCGAGACAUGGUCAAGGAGACGGUGCACGCAUUCAAGGGCACAAAGAUCACCGACGGCAAGGUCAACGAGUACUCGGGUCUGAAGAACUCGGACUACGCGGCAUUCGAAGUGGACGAGAUCGAGAUGGGCGAGUUCACAUCGUACAACGACAGCAGCAACCAGAUCGACAUAAUUCAGGACGGCGCGGCGAUACUCCACGGAGGUCCGGCGUCAAUAUCAGUGCACCAGCCUCCAAUGAUCAGCGACGACGACUUUUUCUCAUUGAUGAACAACGACUACUCGAAUAUAGACUUCUCUGGCAUCGAUCAAGAAGCAUUGGACGAGAUGAAUUUCGACGACUAUGACGAGGAUGUCAAGUUCACUGCCAGGAGGUAG